CCGCACCAGGGCUUGCAUCUUCGGGCAGCGGCAAGAAACGGGCCCUAAUGCCGGCCCUCGGGUCUGAGAGGAUUGUGGCGAGCUUGGAUGCCAUUGAAGCAGGACUGCCCUGCGGCCAAGCGAGCCUGAUGGUGUUCGGUCCGCAUGCCGCCACCGGUACCUCUGGGGGCAUGAUCGGAGGCGCCGCGGACGUCGGCUCAUUGGGUGCUGCUGGUGGCCCAGACGGCCCACUCAGUGGUGAUUGUGGUGGUGGCGGCGGCUGGGUGUUCUGCAGCACCAGCGGCGCCGCGGCGGCCAUGCACCCGCUCUGCGCCCCGCACCACGCGGGCUGGAUGGCAACGCUUCGUGACAGCCUGCAUUUCUGCAAGCAGGAGGCGAGUGCUAUGGCUGCCGCUGCUGAAACAGCCAUGCCAGGAAACGACACGGCGGCGGCAGCUGCUGGCGCGGCGCCGGCGGCAGUGCGGGAGAGGGCAGUAGUGGUCGCCUACCGGCUCUCCGACAUGCAGCAGCAGCAUAGCAACCUAAUGGUGUUGGCGCCGGCCGCACCAGCCCUCGCGGCGGCGGCGGUAGCAGCGGUCGCCGCACCCAUCGUGACGGUGCGGCCGCUGCCAUUGAGCCUGGCGCCUGCAGAGCUGCUGGCACUGCCCGUGUUCCACAUGAGAGGUGGCCGGGAGCGGCUGACAGCGGUGCUGCUGCUCAGCGGCCUGCAGUGCGGCAGUAGCAGCGGCACGCUCGACGCCGGGGAGGCUGUAGCAGCGGCUGCGGAGCCGCAGCAGCAGCCGGCGGCUGCGGCGGCGGCGGUGGCUCAGCGGCGUGUUGUGUCCGGCCCGCCGCACCAGCAGCAGCUGAAGCUGGGCCUCAAUGAUUACCGGGAGCUGCAACGGCUGUCGCAGUUUGUUGGCUUCGGCUUGUUCGCAGACCCCAGCCACUCAGCCUUCCUGUCCCAGGUGGCGGCGCAGCUGGCGGCAGUGGCCGGCAGCCACGGCCUCCACGACGCCAUCGUGGCUGUGUUGGACACGGUGCCUGAGCUCAUUCGCUCCCGCACCUCGGUCCUCGGUCGGCCGCUGCUGGCCGCCUGCACCGCACCGCUGCCGCCGCCCACGCCCGCUAGCCAGCACCCACCUGGGAUAACAGGCGCAGCAGUCGCAGGCGGCGGCACAGGCGGCGGCACAGGCACGGUGAUGGUGGGCGGGGGCUCAGCUGCCGGGGGCUCAGCAGCAGCAGCUGCAGCAGCUGCGGCAGUAGCGCAGGGCGCCGCCAGCGCACAGCAGCAUAGCGACCUCGUGGCCAUGACGGCGGCUGCCAGUGGUGCUGGUGGCGGCGCGCAAGCUACAGAUGGCGGCCCAACCAGCUUCAGCACAAGCGGGGCGGCGGGGUCAAACCCGGUCGUUGUGUUUGCGCACCGCAGCAGGACGGCUGUCGGUCAGGCGGGGUAUCAGCAGGACGCAAACCAUCCCGGGGCCACCGCCAAUAAUGCGGGCGUCAUUGGUGGCAGCGGCGGAGCCAACACCUCGCUUUUACACAGUGCCUCUGCCUCAAACCUGCCUCCCGUGAAUCAAAGCCUGUUAGGGCGCCUGCCCAACUCUCCACUGGGUGGCGGUGGUGGUGGCGGUGGACUUGACUCGGGAGCUCCAUCGCGCCUUCAACGCGUGCACAGCAUGGGCUGCAUGCGUGGCGUCGUUGGUGAUGGUGACGGCGGCACUGGUGUGAGCGGCGGCGGGGCGGCAAGCAGCAGCCGGACACUGGCGGCAGCGCCGGAGCCGUCUCGGAUCAAGGCGGUUCGGAUGCAGCUUCCGCGCUCUUUGCUGUUGAAGGCCAUCAAGGCGUCGGGCGGUCCCCAACAAGCACAACAAGCAUCGCAACCAAUGCCGGCGGGGACUAAUCUGUCAUCGCUUCGCCGGCAGCCACCAGGUGUGCACAUCACCUCCCUUAGCAGUAUGCUAGGCCAGGUGCAGCAACAUCAACACCAACAGCAGCUGCUGGUGGGACGGCGCCCGACCGGCAUCAGCAGUGUCAGUGUCGGCACGCACAACAGCACAUCGGGCGCUGUAGCUGCGGCGUUUGGCGGCGGAGCCAUGUCAACGGGCUCCGCCUUCGCCUCCGUCAGUGGUGGCGGCCUUCGGCACACGCACCCGCAGCUGUCCGCUCUGUCCCUCGCCACCGGCCGCAGCCCUGCCUCCACACUCACACUAUCGGACGCAAGCGCACACGUGCUAGAAGAUCAUCACGCGCUGCGAGAUGUGCUGCUGGCUGGCAACUUGCUUGGCGGCGUCAGCCCGGGUGCUGUGGUGUUGUGCGUGGAGGGCGCGCCGCUGCCGCGUGGCACUCUGCACAACGCAGCAGCCCUACUGGCCUCUUCGAGCCUGGCAGCCGCCUGCGGCGCCGCUGGCGUGUCCGGCUGCUCCACCGGCACUGCAACCAUCGGCGGCACCAGCGCCGCCGGCAUGCAGUCAUCACACACGGGCACGGUAAGCAGCGCUUGCGGCGGCAACGGGAUGAGUGCGGCUGCCAGCAGCGCGCUCAUGACCGCACACAGCGUGCCCGGGCAGCAGCAUGCCGCUCCCGGCCCCAUGCCCUCGUUCGUCAACUCCCCGCCCGCACCCGGCGUCGCCUCCGCUGCUGGCACCGGCAGCAUGUUCGGACAUCCAUCCUGGUUCCCGCCUUCCGCCACGCCCGGUGACGUCGACGGCGUGGCCGCGCCCGCCGCUGCCGGCAUGGGCCCGGCGCAAUCCUCGGGUGCGGCUGCAGCAGGCAACCUUGGUGACGCCGCCGGCAGCCAGGUACUUUCCAAGCCGGCAGCUGGGGUGGGCUCGGCGGCGGUGGCAUCUGCCGCCGACGCGGCGCCGCACGGCGGCCCCCAGAACAGACCGACCUUACUGUCCGCGCUGGACAGCGUUGCAAUGUCGUACAGUGGUGGUGGCGGCGGCGGCAGCGGUGGUGGCGGCGGAUUGGCGAGCCAAGGCGCCAGCAGCCUGAUGGCAAUGGCGGGCAGCACACGACUGCUGGCGACUGCUGGCAUGCCGAUGGUGACGGCGCCGGCCCCUGGUCGGCUGGCUCUGUACCUGGUGUUUGCGGAGACGCUGCCGGCGGGCGUGUUGCAGAUGGUGGAGGCCGAGCUCAAGCAGCUCAUGCCGAUGGUGUUUGCGUGCUUCCGGGCCGUGCUGUCGGGCGGCAACUUCAGCCCCGUACCUGCCAUGCCGUACGGUACGCCGCUGGUCACCCUCGCCCAACCGCAGUACAGCCGCGUUCCGUCUGACUGGCGCCUGCUGUACGAACAGGUCACAGGCCGUACCGUGCCAUUGCCCAGUCUGGCCAUGACGUUCAGUGGCGCGGGCGCAGGCGCAGGCGGGGGCGGCAUGGGUAGCGCGGCGGGGGUGCUGUCGGGGGCCGCGGCUGGCGGCGGCGCCCUUUUAUCGCGAAUGAUUUCAGGCUUGGAGACCGUGUCCGAGAUUGAUUCGCAGCUGCUGGACCGGAUGCAGCAAAUGCAAACCCAGAUCCCAAACCAGCAGCAGCAGACCGGUUUUGGAAGCAUCAUGAGUCUGUGUGCAGGAAACCAAGGCCAGCUGGCGGCGAUUGCGGCAGCAACUAUGGCUGGCGGCGGCGUGGCUCGCGACGCGCCGGGAGGCGCCGCUGCAGCCGCAGCCGGCCCCGCCGCUCUGUACGCGAUCGACAAUCUGCGAAGCAUCUUGACGCCGCCACCAAGCCCCAUGCGCAGCUUAGGUGGCGGCGCAGGCAUGGCCGCCCGGCGGCCCCAUUUGCUAAGCAGCAGCCCUGCAAUCAGUGGCGCCACCGGCGGUGAACCAGCACCUGCCGGAAGUGCGUCGGCGGGCGGCGCCGCUGGCGGCAUGCUCGGUGGCAGCAACUUGCUAUCAUCGCCGCGUGGCACGGCGGCGGGCGGGGCUGUGCGCCAGGCAUCCGGCGCCAUCAAGUCCCAUGGCGGUCCACAGCCGGGAGGCGAUGUGGGCAGCAGCAGCGGUGGCGGCAGCGGCGGCGGCACUGCCAGCUUGGCCGCGGCACUAAAGCGGCGGCUGACUGAGAGGUCCGGCUCCGACGGUGCCUUCAAGGCCCUUCUGGGCCUGGUGGCGUCAGGGCAAGGGGCCGGUCGCGGCCAGAUUAGCAGCGGCAGUAUGUCUGGAUCGGCGGCCGCCGGUGCAGCGGCCUCCGUCAGUGCCCGACUGCAGCUGCCGGGGGUCACAGGCGGCGGUGCUGGCAGCGUUGCCGGCUUCGUGAGCGGCCUGAACUUGUACGGUGUGGGCGGUGGGGGUGUGUGCGGCGGCGUGGGGCUGUUUGGUGUGGGCCAACUGGACACGGCACCUGUCGACAGCUUGCUGGAGGUGUCCAAGGCUGGCUGUGCCAACGCGGCGAACUGGCUGUACAAUUCCUCGCCUGAGGUACAGCUGGAGGAAGCACUGCAGGCCGCCGCCGCCGCCACCGCCUCUGGCAGCAUGCCACGGGCCUCCGCCGCAAUGCUUGCCGCACAGCAGCAGCAGAACACGGAGCUGCUUGUGAGCACGGUGCGGUCGAGGCUGACGGCGGCACUUGCGGGCUCGGAGGACACCGAGCAGGCCAGGGCGGCGCUCCACCAAGACCUGGAAGCAAUCGAGCUCCUGGACGUGCUGGGUCGUGGUGGCCAAGGCGUGGUGUUCCGCGGGACCAUGCACGGGCUGGAGGCUGCCAUCAAGGUCUUCGCGCAGAACCAGGCCGUGGCGGCCAGCCAGGCCGGACAAGACAAACAGGCGGCCGCCCUGAAAGCCAAGGAGCAAGAGAGACAGAAGGAGCGGGACAUGAACGACCCACUCGCGGACAGCAGCGAGGGAGAGGUGCACACUGCGGGCGCCGAGGCGGCGGAGGGCCUCGUGCGUCAGGCAAAGCGCAGCGCAAUGGAAGUGGCCGUGUCGCAAUCCAUCAGCCACCCAAACAUCGUCCAGGUGUACGCUGCGUUCAGCGGUGUGGUUGUGGUUCGCUGCCACUACCGCGACAGCCCGCUGCCGGUGCUGCGGCUGUGCGCGCCCGAUGACGCCAUGCUGGGAAACAGCGACCCAGGCCCCCUCAAUCAGGUCCUGUGCCUGGAGUAUUGUGACGUCGGCACGCUCCUGGCCGCCUCUCGCUCGGGCGCCUUCCGCCAGCCGUGCGCCACGGGCCCCGCCAACGGUGCCAUCUGGCCGGCGCUGGUGCCGCUGUACACGAGCCUGCUGGAGGUUGCGCUGGCGCUGCGGCACCUGCACUCCCGGCGGCUGGUUCACUGCGACGUCAAGGCCGCCAACGUGCUGCUCAAGAGCUCCACACGCGACCCCCGCGGCUGGACCUGCAAGCUCAGUGACUUCGGCUGUGUACGGCUGAUGAAGGACGCCGGACCGGAUGGGGCGCUCGGCUUCCGUGUGACGCACCCGCUGGGGACCGUGGGGCACAUGGCUCCGGAAUGCUUUGUCAAGGGUGCACUAUUGGGCGCCGCAGUCGAUGUGUACGCUCUGGGCGUUAUGAUGUACGAACUGCUCAUGUGCCGUACACCGUACAGCAACAUGAACCCGCAGGAUGUUCCGCGUCAGGUGCUGCGGUCGGGCGUGCGACCCGUGUUCCACCCGCUCGCCCCCGCGCCCUACGUCAGCCUUGCAGCCCGCUGCUGGUCUGCGAGUCCGCGGAGGAGGCCCACCGCCUCCGAGCUCGUGACGGCCCUGCAGGGGCUGCUGGUGGAAGCCCAGGCGGCAGCUGCGGACGCGGCAGCAGGCAGCGCAGGCGCCGGAGGCGGCCGAGCAGCUGCAGGGACGGCGGCGCGGGCCCAGCAGCCCGCCGCACCCGCCGCCGCACCGCCCGCUGCCCCCGCGCCUGCUGCCAUGCCCGCUGCGCCGCUGCCGGGUCGGGUGGGUGCGCCGGCGCCAGCAGGGCCAGUCGCUGUGGGACCCGCGGCCGGGUCUGCUGCUCCUCAUCAGCCUGUGCAGCAGUCCAGGGCAGCGCCUGCGGCCGUCAAGGCUGCCGCCGGGCCCGCGCUGGCGACGCCGCCGCAUGGAGGCGCGCGUGGCCCAGUGCCUCUGCAGCAGGCUGCACCGCCAGCGGCGGCAACGCCCGAAACCGUUUCUGUGAAACGGCUGGAGCAACAGCAGCAGCUACUGCGUCAAACCAGGCAACCUUAGGGCGUCAUGUCAUCAGGCACAACGAAUGGACGGUGGCAGCGGCAGCAGCAGCAGCAGCAGCAGGAUGACGCAACAGCCGCAGCGUCCAAAAGUUGUAGUACGAUUGGCAGGCGGCAUGUUGGCACGGUAAGGGUAGGGGCGGGAAGCAGUGGAGAUAGUUCAGGGAGGCAGGAGUGGGGGGCAUUGCAGGCAGCCGCAUAGCUAGGCAACCGCCGCCAACAGUGGAGGACUGGACGUAAGUCGCCUCUCGAUAGCAUGCACGGGGUGUGCCGGAUGGAUGGCUCGCUGGCUACCUGUGCAGCCUACACUCUUUUGCACGGACGCGCUGUCUACGAUUGAAAGAGGUUCCCCUCCAAGGGGAAUGGGGCUGAGCCCAUCAGAUGAGACCAUCAGUGGCCGAAGGUGCGGCGAACCUUAGAAAGCUACAGGCAACCUAUCUAGUUGGGCAAUCUUACUGAGUACGGAAUUCUUGUGGGAGGUUGAAGAUUGGGCAGUGACAGAAUAUAUGAGGCACAGGUUCUUAUCACCUUGACAUGGAAGGGGGUGGGGAAGAAGUCAUUUUUUACUCCACAUCAAUAAGGCGGUAGGAAGGCUCCAUUCCGAACCCAACUAAAAUUGUAGACGGGGUCAUCAUCGUAUGUGCAAGAUGGAGUUAAUUAAUCGAGCAGUCGCCACGGUGCGUCACGGUGCCAUUCUUGCUGAUCACUUCAGGGCCAGUCAUCAUCAUACAUCUUGUUGUUUGGCCACGGGUUGGCAUCUGCGUCUUUGUCUAGCUAGGUAAUUUUGAGUAUCUUCGAUGGCGGUCAGUGGGGUCAUUGAAUGUGCAUGCCAGUUGGGUGCUCGGUAAUGCGUGCUAGGUAUGCAGGCAAUGGCACGAGGUGGUUUGGUAGGGUCACGCGGCGGCCUCAGCACCUUCGUAUGGAGCGGUGCAGAACGGAGUGUGUAUGGAAGGAGACGGAAAUGCUCUUGUUCCAAAGAAACCCAUGAGACUUGUUCAAUGCAACGUCCGGCUAGCUUGGCUGUGCAGCAUCAGCUACUGUGGAAUGCGAGGGCGAGGGCAUACUGAUAACUGCUGCCGGUCACCAAGUGUGAGUGUCCUUGACAAGAUAUAUGUGUGUGUGUGUGUGUGUGUGUGUGUGUGUGUGUUUGUUUGUUGGGCCAUGGCAAUGCAUGGCAACGAACACAGGGACUUACGGGACCUCUCCCUCUGAGGUGCGUCCGUGAUUCACUAGGCCUUGCUUGGCGCACUGGCAUGCGUUGUCACAUCUGCAGGCGAUGGUUGCCAUGUUGCUUGUUUAGUACUGCUUGUUGUUUAUUAUUUGGAUACCUGUGCCGCGUGCGGCGGGCGUUUCCCAAUUUUUGGGCUGAGCCCCUGCCCCUGAGCGAAGCGAUCCAGGGGGGGGCGAAGCUCCCAAGGAUUGCCCCUGUCCGUGCCUGCCUGCAGCGGCACAGGGCCUGGCGGCAGCGGCCCUGGGCCCAGCAGUUGCGGCGUGCAUGUGCGUAGCCGAGGGGGCGAGCAAGGCCACGUGGAGGAGGAGAUCGCGGCGUCGGUAGCAGUUUCUAGCAGACUAGCACUACGGUGUCUUCGAGGCUCAAACUUGGUGUGUUGUUGUAUUGUGCGGUUUAUUGGCUCGUGGUACCCCUGCUCGUGGGCAGGUUGGGGCGGAUCGGCGGAAUGCGUGCAUACAUCCAAGUCCUUCAGACUGUGUCUAUUUGCGGAUGCAUUACAAUAAAGACAAGAGAGAUAUUCAAGGCAACUUAGUAUCGUGCCGUGCGUGGGCCCCUUGCUUUCUUAUAAGCCACUAUGGCAUGUGCUGCGAUUUGCUGGAUGGCGGUGGUGCGCAGGUAGUUGUGCGAUGGGACAGGGACAAGGCAGGUUGGUGAAGUCCCGUAGGGUGCAGCUGAUUCCCAGACCCCAGCAGAUGGCAAACAAUUUGCAACCGCAGUGCAUGAGCGCGCCAGAGCGCGCGGCUGGUCGAACGCCGGAGUUACUGUACCGACAAGUUGCUGGCUGGCUGGAAGUUUGCUCGGCUCCGGGCGUCCGGCCAGGCGCAGGUAGGUGUCCGUCGGAUCGCCAGUAAGCGUGUUGGUGACGGUUCUGGCCAUGACUGUAUUAUUGUCCGAUUGUUAUCAUGCGGCGUGGCAUAGACGUGUGCCGGAAAGCUGGAAGAUACGAGCACUGAAUUAGACCAAAUGGGACUAUGGAAGGCUGCACUGGGCUGCACAACCUUGCCAGCGUGUCAGGUUCCUAGCACAAGGAUCUGGUCACCCCAAUUGCCGUACGGCCCUUCAGUGCGGCGGGGGGGGGCGUCUUCGGGGUUGGUAGGGGUGCCCCGACGGCCAAAAGGUUCCCCGUGCUGCCAACCGCGCUCUCAGUCCCUCCAAAUGCAUGAAUGGGAGGACCGUCUGCGCUCGCCUGAGGCUGAAAUGGGCGGUUCUUGUUGGCAGUCCAGCAGUACGUGCGGGUGACGGUCGAGCCAAAGUGCGCUGAAAAGAGCUAGACGUUAUUAAACACAUAAUCUAUA